AUGGCUACCGGCGAGUUACGACACCGCCCGCCCGCUACGAAGCAGGUGGUCCCAGAACCAAACUUGACCGCCGGGAUCGCCAACCCGGCCCUCGAUCCGAAUAUCGCCCAUCCCGGUGGCAGGGCCAAGUAUGGCCGGUUCAGAGCGCGUCUCCGUGCUCUCUCCGUCUCCAUGUACUUCGCGUGUAGUUGUGUAGUUAUACAUCUCACCCAGAUCAUUGGCAUCCCAAUUUACCUUGUCGACCAUGACUUUUACUAUUCGUACAUAUCUUUGACCAAGGCGUCAUUUGGCCUGUUGAUAACCACCAUGACCCAGUGGUGGGCUCCCACGCUCAUACGGAUCAGCGGGGACGCCUCAGUUGCUGGACAGUUGAGCUUGACACCUGACGGCCGGGUCGAAUGUGCCUUUCCCGAGCGCAUGGUCAUGAUCGCGAACCACCAGAUCUACACCGACUGGCUGUACCUAUGGUGGGUUGGAUACACAAAUAGCCCCCAAAUGCACGGGCACAUAUACAUCAUCCUGAAGGAGUCGUUGAAAAGGAUCCCUGUCCUCGGCCCGGCCUGCAUGUUGUAUGGCUUCAUCUUCAUGUCCCGCAAGAUGGCGGUUGACCAACCGCGCCUUGCGCAUCGGUUGGGCAAGCUCAAGACGCGGCACACGGACCCCAGCGGCAAACAAUUCUUGAACCCCAUGUGGUUGCUCUUGUUCCCAGAAGGCACAAAUCUCUCAGGGAACGGGAGGAACAAGUCUGCCAAGUGGGCGGAAAAGUCAGGACUCAAAGACAUGCAGCACCAGAUGCUGCCUCGGAGCGCAGGCAUGUUCUUCUGCCUGAACGAACUCAAGGGUACUGUUGGCUAUGUGUACGACUGCACCGUAGCGUACGAAGGGAUCCCCCGGGGAAAGUACGGUGAACAGUACUUCACCUUGUCUAGUACAUACUUCCAGGGCCGACCUCCGAAGUCAGUCAACUUUUACUGGAGACGCUUUGCGCUUGAUGACAUGCCUCUGGACAGCCAAAUGGAGUUUGACAAGUGGCUCCGCGAGCGGUGGUAUGAGAAGGAUGCCCUGCUCGAGCAAUACGUCUCGACUGGCCGUUUCCCAGCAAACGGUGCAGGCAUCAAGGGGCACAUCGAGACAGAGGUCCGUACUCGGUAUUGGUGGGAGUUUGGCAAGAUCUUCAUCAUGCUUGGUUCAUUUGGCAUGUUGUUGAAUCUCAUGCUCAAAAUGGCGCGCUACUUUGUUCGCGGUGUGUAG